GAGACUAUGCGGCUGGUGCAGCACCACAUCGGGCAGGAGCUGCGCGGGGGCGCCGCUCCCUCUACUCCCUCGACAGGGACUCCAGAAGGGGAAAGCGCGGUGCCCUUGCGGCCCUUCCUGUCGGAGCUCUUCGACGCCUUCACGCACUGCCUACAGCACCGGAGCUCCUGCUCCGUGUUCCUGGAGGGUCUCCACAACCACUACGACCUCUCAGCUCCUCUCUUCCGCCUCCUCCUGCACCUGCCUCGCGUCAAAGACCCCUACCACCUCGUCCCGUGCCUCAACAUCGUCAGCUCAAUCCUCCGUCUGGACCACGCUCGUCUCUAUGCUUCCACGCCUCUAACUGCCGUUCUUAAGAUGUUCCCUGUGGGGGAAGUGGUGGUAGCUCCUCUGCAACCUGCUUAUGAACCGAGAUCUUCUUCUUUUUCGAUUGCUAACUUGACAACUUCCACCACUGCUUCUAAGUCCAAAGAAGUUAGUCUCCCUGCAACACUCAAUAUGACAACCACCAUCUCACUUCCAGGUACCAUCAAACCUACCUUACAUCCGGGUACCGUGAAGUCUACCUCACUUGCUGAUCGCACAACCAUGACGAUAUCAUCGCGGGGCCUGCACACCCAAUGCGAUAUUAACAACGAAGAAGACGUGUUGUGCAGCCUGAUGGCCACCCCGUCACACGCGCUUGAAAGACAUGUCAGGGCGCUCGUCGAAAUCGCCGUCAAGUGCGGCCAACUAACAACAGUGCGAGCUGCCUUGUCACGUCUCCUGCUGCUCUCAGCGCACGUCAAGACAGAGACGAAGAUACCCAGACGCUCAAUAGCUUUACUCCUUGAUUGGCUGCACGUCGUAGAUCCAGAACUGCUCGAGACUCCGCAGCCUCUGCGUAAGAUGCUUCUCUUCUCCAAGUAUAAAGAUAAGCCCCUGGGUGUUGGCCUUGGUGGCUACAGUCAGGCGUAUCUUCUAGGCACCUUCACCCAGCAGGCUAACUGGAAGACCCUAGAACAGACCGUGAAGGAACUCCUUGGAGGAUACGAUCCUUCGCUCAACCCCGGAGGAGUUUUGGAUUUCGUGUGGGCGGUGACCAGAGUUCCUAAAUUAUGGCAGGGCCGGGAAAGAAGGACUCCUCGACAUGCAUCAGAUCCACUUUUGAUGCGUCUGCAGCCCCUUCAUCUCCAGACUCUUGCCCUUUACGUUCUCGGUGAGAAGUGCGAAUAUUUUGAUAUCAAUACCGAACACAAGACCAAGGCACCCGACAGACUGCCUCUUCUGUUGCAAUGGUAUCGAGACAACGACGCGCUUUAUGCCGACCUCAUCAGCAAACUUUGCCAGUCCUCGAUUCUUCCUGUGGACACGCCGGAACGAAAGGCGAAUCGAUCGCUGCUGUUCCAACUUUACCUUCGUCGUCCUCGUGUGCUGACCCUCAUGACAAGCGAAGCACGAGUCCUCCUCCCCGUCAUGGCUUCUGCUGACGAAGAUGAUGGCGAGAGUGCCGCUGAUGUCGCUAUUCAUUGCCUUCUGACCAUGAUCUGCUCUCCGGUCCCGGGGCGAGAAUUCCGCAAACGGCUCCCUGAUAUGGAGGCCGCCAUCCGUACUUUGGCCUGCCGACAUCCACUUCUGGUGCUGCGGCACAGCCACCUCAUCUUCUCUGGAUUAGGAGGUCUGACGCCCCUCAACCUGAUCGCUCUAAAAGGAAACAACAACUUCGAUGUGCUGUUGGUCGUGGUUGGAGUGCUGGAACUCCUGCACCCACACCUUUUCAGUCUGCGACACAAUCAAGCCGUCGCCCGCAUAUUCGAUUGCUACCUGGACAUCUUCGGCCGCCAUGGGUCCCCGCCGGAUCUCAUGGCGGUGGCCACGCGCGUGGUUGAUCUCAUCCACGCUUGGCUGGCUACAGACCGGCCUCGGGCGCUUCUCUACCUGGUCCCCAAGACGGCACUUCUCAAGUCUUUGUCUCUAGAAACAAAAGAAUGGCGGUCACUAGCGGUGGCGGCAGCAUCGGCUCCCACCACCCCUAUGCAAAUCCCCACAGAGGACCCCACUCUGCACGCCCCUGCGCUGCCACUCCCCAACACCGCCUGGCUACACGGGGAGGCUGAAUCUGUAACGGCGAAAUUAACGCACGCCAAGCCUGGGGAGGAGCAGUCCGAGGCGUGGCGGCUGCUGAGCAACUUCGCCUCCAGGGCCCCCAUGGCAAUCGUGGCCCGACGUUUCCCCAACUUCCUGUGUUGGGGCCUUCACAACUCCGAAUCGGGGAUCCGAGACAUCGCUUGGGGCCUCACGGCCAAAGUUCUGCUGCAUGACCCUUCUCUGGCCCCGCAGUUUGUUGCUGCAGUACUGCACGCCCUGCACAGUUCCGACUGCAGCGUCGCCAGAUGCGCGUGUGAAAAACUUCCGGACGUCAUCCUGACCAUGCACGAAGCUGCUCCUGACGUGCUGACGGCGGCAUUCGUGGCAGUCACGUCCCGGGUUCCUUCGUCCAUCUCAGACCUGACGAAGGCGCUGACGUUGCUCACCCUUCACACUGGGGCUUAACCUUGCAGUGGCCACAAUCAUCCUUUUAUUAUGAUUAUUUUUGUUUUCUUUUCUAGAUUAGUCUUUAAUUCAAAUUGAUUUCUCUAAACCCUUUCAUCAUCCCGUAAUUUAUUGUGGUAAUAAUACCCUGCUAUUUUUGACUUGUAAGUAAGAUGGCUGAUCAAAACUUGUACGUCAUUUUCGUUAAGAUCGCCAUAGCCAACGCUCAGAUCGUCAUAGGGACCAUUUAGUGUAGCUUGUAUCUACUUGACGCGUGAUGGUGCAACUGUGUUGAAUAUGACAAAUAAAUGACACCAAUGCUU